ACAACACUACAGGCGCCACUGGAUAUGAUAUCACUCUGGUUGGCUCCACGCUAUCUGGAUCUUCGUUCGAAACCCACGGCCGUCUUCGCGUGAAAGGACGCAUAUCCUGGUGUGACCACUAGAUCACGUGGAACUCGGAGCGCGCAUCCGGAGCAAUCUGGUUAACGGCACUGCAAUGGCGUCCUCUGCGUCCACUUCGACGGCGUCCAUCGAGCCUGCUGCACACACCAACUCGACUGGCGGCAACAUAGAUAAGUGUUCCGCGGCCGCUUCGCGGGCCCUUACCAAUCCAACGGUGAACAUCAUAAAAAUGAGUAAUGGCGUCGUCAAGACGACGCAUGGAGGACAUAGGUUCACGCGUUCCACAUAUGGUUGCAAUGGGGCCACUUUUAUAUGCGACCUUCCUGAGUGCAGUGCAGCCUUGAAAACACAUCGCAUCGAUGGCCAAUACCACGUGAAGUAUGCCCAGCCUCACGACGAAGAGUUGCACAUGCAAGGUUUUCGUCGUCCUCCUGGAGGCGGUGCUCGGACCCCGUCCAUUCCGGGAGAAGGUGGAAAACGCAAGGCGGCCUCCUGCGCGGACAAGCCCAUGGCCACCGUCAACGGCGACGCACAGCUCCCGGCGAAGAAGUCCACAGGCCACCGCCUGCCCGUAGGGGGCGCGUUCAAGUUCAAGCCUAGCGCCAGGCCGCACUCGCAAGGCGCACCACCAAAGAAUGCUGACGACGCAGCGCGCGACAAACGCAGUAUAAAAAGUGCCAAAGGGAGCGGCGCUGGCAACCUCGUCGGUGCUGCGGCAGAUCGGCCAAGUCCCGUCCACGUCCAGCAUCCCGGGAGCUCAAACGAACCAGGGACUUCUGCUUGGCCGUCCGGUGAACAAGGGGUUCAAGAUAGCGAGAGUCUCCUGCCACCUACUCCACCUCUGAGGGCUGACCACGCCAACCAACUCCAAUAUGACGCCGAUGACGGAAACCACAGUGUCCUCAUUUUGAUCGACGACUCCAGUGACGGGGACAUCGAAGAGAAUCCUGGUGCCGCCAAGCGCGAAGCAGGCGACGUGAAUUCUUGGGACGCUAAGGAAGGCGGUUCCUUCAAGAAAGUUCAUAAAGACCUUGAUCUACUCCACGAAAAGGUGGACGUCCUUCACCAAAAAGUCGACGCCCUUGAAGAGAAGGUGCAUGCUGCACCCCCUGCUGCUUCUCUGGCCCAUCCUGUGCUACGCAAACUGCCGAUGAAGACAGCGGAGGAGUUUGAAGCCGUGGAGACGCUUCUGGCAGACGAAAACAGUUUUAAACUCAUGGUCUCCCACCUCAAGAGCUUUGACGGCUCAACACUUGAAGAGAAGGCUGACGGCAUGAUGACUCGUUUGUUCUCGUUGGAGUUAGCUGCCACCUACAACUACAACAAGGGAUCAAAGGGGAAGCUUGUUUUCAAAGGAACGCUAGCCGAAAAGGCCGUCCGUCGCGCCGCAAUGGAGAGCUUCCCAGGACUCGAGCCCAAGGAAUACACGUCCCACCUCAGAAAACGGUUCCGCAAGGCGUACGACCACCUGAAAAAGCAGGAGGACGCGAGGAUACUCAGGGAAGCGCGCGCGCUUUUAGGAGCGGUGCCAGGAUGGGUCCAGGACCAAGCAUGAGGGAGCAGUGUUGUCACUUUUCAGAACAUUUGUUUUAUGUUUGCGUUUCAAUCUAUUAUUUUUGUACACCCUCCGCUUUAAGAGUAUAAUAGAGAAAAUGAAAUGCAAUUCUGUUUUUGUGUCGUUCCACGGGAGAUGUCGUCGGUUUAUCUUUGAUGGGACUUGUGGCGUUUGUCAGGUUUUGUUAGCCUAAGUUAUCGCGGAAUAAAAUGUCGUCUAUCUUUUUAUUUUAUUUUUUCCAUAGUGUUGGGAAGUGAUGAUGCGGCAACAAAGUAAUUGCAGCGACGUGAUUGCACGAGCAUUGUCAGCACCGCUUGCACGUGUCGGUGUUUCUUUCGAAUUUGUUCUCUUCUUUUUUUAUUCAAUCCUUCCGUCCCGGCAAUAAACCUUGUGGGCACCCUGA